GAGAUGGGACUAUUAGGUACAAAAUCCUCAGGCCAUACGACCUGUAGUGGGCUGAAUCUGUUUUUUCUUUUUUGCCGGGCGCUCUCUUCGAAGCUCAGAAAGAGGACAUUAGUCAAGAAGAGUUUUCUUUCUGGGUCAACAGAAGAAACUGGUCUCCUGGGCAAGGAGGGGCGGCCAACAGGAGCAAAAGUAACUGAAGCCUCCUCUGGAGAAACUGCAACAGGCAACUGCUAGGAUUUGCCAGCAGGAAAUGGAAGAAGGGGGCGGAGGCCCUUCGGGGCUUUUGCGGCGAGUGGGCCGGCCCGCGGAGCGCGCACUCUAUUGAGGCGGCUGCAAUUGGGGUGGAGAAACGCUCAGGGGCGAUCGCUGGGCGCUCGGGGAGCGGGCAGAAACCCGACAGGCAGUGCGCGCCCGGGCCGCCCCACAUGUGCGCGUUCUCCGAAUCCUCCUGAAGGUACGGAAACUCGCUACGGAGGGGGAAGGCAGACAGGCGAAGCGCGGCGCUGCGCAUCCCCUCCCUUCCUCCAGCCAGCCAGCCAGCCAGCCAGCCAGCCUGCCAGCCAGCCAGCCAGCCAGCCAGCCAGCCGCUGCGCCCGCCGCACGAACCCACAGGAGAGCCCGAGAGCGCGGAGCAGCGCGCGAGGCUGCCCUGGGCUAACUGAGCAGAAUUAACCAGCUGGCUUUCUUCGUGACUGGUCCACUCUCUUGAGAGCUCUGGGCCUGACCUCCUCAUGCGAGUAUCUGUAGCCCCAGGACACCUGCUCGUGGAUUCACCCUGAUGGCUGACUCUGAACCGCUCCUCUCCCUUGAUGGGGACCCCGUGGCUGCAGAAGCCUUGCUCCGGGAUGUGUUUGGGAUCAUUGUGGAUGAGGUCAUUCGGAAAGGGACCAGUGCCUCCGAGAAGGUCUGCGAGUGGAAGGAGCCGGAGGAGCUGAAGCAGCUGCUGGAUUUGGAGCUGCGGAGCCAUGGGGAGUCACGGGAGCAGAUCCUGGAGCGGUGCCGGGCUGUCAUCCGCUACAGCGUGAAGACCUGUCACCCUCACUUCUUCAACCAGCUCUUCUCAGGGUUGGAUCCCCACGCUCUGGCCGGGCGCAUUGUCACCGAGAGCCUUAACACCAGCCAGUACACUUAUGAAAUCGCCCCCGUGUUUGUGCUCAUGGAAGAAGAGGUCCUGAAGAAACUCCGGGCGCUGGUGGGCUGGAGCUCUGGCGAUGGGGUCUUCUGCCCUGGUGGCUCCAUCUCCAACAUGUAUGCUGUGAACCUGGCCCGCUAUCAGCGCUACCCGGAUUGCAAGCAGAGGGGCCUCCGGGCACUGCCGCCCCUGGCCCUCUUCACAUCGAAGGAGUGUCAUUACUCCAUCAAGAAGGGAGCUGCUUUUCUGGGACUUGGCACUGACAGUGUCCGAGUGGUCAAGGCAGAUGAGAGAGGGAAAAUGAUCCCUGAGGAUCUGGAGAGGCAGAUCAGUCUGGCCGAGGCGGAGGGUGCUGUGCCAUUCCUGGUCACUGCCACCUCUGGCACGACCGUGCUGGGGGCCUUUGAUCCCCUGGAGGCGAUUGCUGAUGUGUGCCAGCGUCAUGGGCUGUGGCUGCAUGUGGACGCCGCCUGGGGUGGGAGUGUCCUGCUCUCACAGACACACAGACAUCUCCUGGCUGGGAUCCAGAGGGCGGACUCCGUGGCCUGGAAUCCCCACAAGCUCCUCACAGCAGGCCUGCAGUGCUCAGCUCUCCUGCUCCGGGAUACCUCGAACCUGCUCAAGCGCUGCCACGGGUCCCAGGCCAGCUACCUCUUCCAGCAGGACAAGUUCUACGACGUGGCUCUGGACACAGGAGACAAGGUGGUGCAGUGCGGCCGCCGCGUGGACUGUCUGAAGCUGUGGCUCAUGUGGAAGGCCCAGGGCGGGCAAGGGCUGGAGCAGCGAGUGGACCAGGCCUUCGCCCUUGCCCGGUACCUGGUGGAGGAAUUGAAGAAGCGGGAAGGAUUUGAGUUGGUUAUGGAGCCUGAGUUUGUCAACGUGUGUUUCUGGUUCGUCCCGCCCAGCCUGCGGGGGAAACAGGGGAGUCCAGAUUAUGCUGAAAGGCUUGCCAAGGUGGCCCCGGUACUUAAAGAGCGCAUGGUGAAGGAGGGCUCCAUGAUGGUUGGCUACCAGCCCCACGGGACCCGGGGCAACUUUUUCCGCAUGGUUGUGGCCAACCCGGCUCUGACCCAGGCUGAUAUGGACUUCUUCCUCAAUGAGCUGGAACGGCUAGGCCAGGACCUCUGAGCCCCCUCCUUGCCAGUGGGCUUGGCAUCCCGGCCCCACCCGCCCUAUGUGUUCCCCGCUGUCUUCUCAAGAACAGCCUUCCUAGGAAACACAGCGGUCUUAACAAUGUUUAUAUGCUUUGACCCACUAACUCUCCUAUUCGAUAUUUGAUAUCAGGAAGAUGUUUAAAUGAAUAGUAUAUCCAUAUGGUGGGAUGUUGUUCUGCCAUUGAAAUUAUGUUUACAAAGAAGAUUUUUAUUGCUAUGAAAAAAAUAAUUUUAAUAUAAUGUUAUGUUGAAAAAGCUGGAUACGAGACUUUAUUUAUAGUAAUAUCUGGGCUAUAUUUAAAAAUUUACAUAGGAAAAGACUGAUGAAAUGAAAUAUGCCAAAAUGUUAAUAUUAAUAGUUUUCCCUGGGAUAGGAUUAUAGGCAAUUUAAAAGUGAACUUCUUUAUACCUUUUGUGCUCCCCCCUUCUAGUAUAUAAUGAAUAUGUGUAAGUUUUGUUAUAGGAAACUAAUAAAGUUAAAAUUUCAACUGUA